CCACUGAAGAUACAAUAUCAGUACUUCGCUCGAAAAUGGACGUGUUAUAAGUUGUGAAAAAAAAAUACAUCCAAGUGUAAAUAGUUUUUGAAUACAACCAAUUUGAAUUCUGUGUUGAAAUCAGUGUUCCAAAUUUAAAUAAGUGAAGAAAAAAAUGCGACGCUGCUAGUUCGAAAUUUAAAAAACGAACCUAAUUAGUUGAAUCAGCGAUUACAGAAUGGGGAAUUGGUGUUAAUAUUUGAGCGAUUAGAUGUAUUUAAUAUUACAUUAAAAAAACAUUUAGUAUUAAAUUUAAUAGUGGGCGGACGGGUUUGAUUAAGAAGUUAUUUAAUUGUGAUGUAAUAUGAAAUUGAAAAAUCCUCUAAACAUAUUUAGCAUAGGUGAUUUAAGAUGGUUGCUGGUAGAUGCGUGUAGCGGCAAGGAGAUGAAUCAGGGCGGUGUGAAGCAUGCCCCCGCCGACCAACCGCGUCUCGACAACAAACGCGAGCGUCGUCGCGGCGCGGCAGGUCGCGCGGCGGCGCUGCGGCGUGCGCCGUCCGACUCGGACUGCUCGGGCGAGACCGCGUCAUUGUCGGCGGAUAGCGGCGACCGCGUCCUCCGACCGCAGCCACAGCCUCCGCGCAGCGGCAAGUCGCGCAGUAGGAGACGCGGCAGUGAGUGGGAGGUGCUGGAGGGUCUGAAGGACGGGCAGCGGUUCGACAAGAGGCCCGACGUGUUCAACGGGUACCUGCACAAGAAGAGGAAAUGGCCUCUCAAAGGGUGGCACAAGCGUUUCUUCGUGGUGGACGGCGGUAUCCUCGUGUACGCGCGGUCGCCGACGGACGUGGCGCGCGGCCGCCUGCACGGCUCGGUGGACGUCGGCCUGUCCGUCAUCUCGGCUAAGGCGCGGCGCAGACGCAUCGACAUCGACGCCGACGAGUUCAUAUACCACCUGCGGGCCAAGACGCCUGACGUGUUCAGGACUUGGUUGAAUGUGCUGAAGGCUCACAGGUUGUACCGCCAGCACCUGCUGACCUUCGGCGCUCGUGAGUCGGUGCCGAAGAUACACGCGCCGCUAGACGACCUCCCACCGACGGACACGUCAUCACGUGCAUCCAAUACCAGUUCAGAAAUCUCAAGUAACAGCGAAGAUUAUGUCAAAUCUCACGCAAGUAAAGUCCAAAAUGUAUCCACAACUAACUCAAUCAUUCAGACACAACAAAAUAAUAUUUUAACCAAAGACAAUGAGAGUAAAAAGAACCGCACAAAGGGGAUCUGCUUGGAAAACUGUAUAACGAAAAAUUUCCAAAAUAAAUUCUACAAUAAGAGCUUAUGUUCCAUGAACUGUGCCAGAAGAUUGUUUGCUAAUAUCGACCCUAUUGGGUCAGCUGAUGUGUCAAAUGGAAGUACCGAAACGGAGAAACAAAUGCAUUCCACUGAGUUAGAUAAUAGUUCUUUUAAAUGUAACGAACCGGGUCAAAAUUCUGUACCGAUUUGCGAGACGACCCUAAAUUCUGAUAGUGCAUCGUUGAGAACUUUAAAAAGGAUCGGUGAUUAUAAAAUGUCAAAUAUUUCUCAAACAAAUGUCUUUAAAGAUACAAUUAAGAAAGAAAAGACGUCCAUAUUCACGCGUAAGGGUCGGCCGACGAACGCCUAUUUCUUGUUUACUCGUAAUAAAAUCUCUAGUCAAAUCACUGAAUCCCCAAUGAAACGAAGUAGAAAAUCCACGAACUUAAUAAAGUAUAAAAAUAUUAUCAAUGAACCACCGUUAAAGAAACCUCUGAGUAAAUGCAUGUUGUUGAAAAAAUAUAAAUUGAAAGCAUCGAAGCAAGUGGUAACGGAUAAGGGACAUAACAGAGCAGUAGCUUGUGAUCCUGUCUCUAAAGAAAAUAAUGAAAUACAAGUAAACAUUGAUAACAAAGCCAAUAAAAAACUUCAACAUGUAGCGACUGCGUCUGAUUACGACAGGAUAACAGAAAGACUGAUGGUUACUAUAUUUGAAAGACAUAACAGUACAGUCAAAGGUGACGAAGUUAAAUACUACGUGAAUCAAGUAGUGAGAGAUUUAUAUGAUGAUAAAACUAAUCAGGAAGAGCAUCCAGUCAAAGCAUUGUUUAAAAGCUUAUUGGAAUAUUGGUUGAAGCACACGUCGUUUGGCCAAAUUAAGGAGGCCAUGACGAAAGCUAAGUCAAUCGAAAAGCCGUCGAAUAAACAUUUUACUAAAGACGAAAAUCUGUCAAGUACCGUUAUAGAUCAAACGUGCAAGGAAACGCAGUUCCAUGGACUCAGUGAUAUCAUAGCUGAAUUCACAACUAGGAAGAACAUAAGACAUACACACAGAAUCACCACUGAAAAUAAAAAUCCGAUACAGUAUCACAAUCCAAGACACGACACCGAAAGUUUCGAGAAAGAGAAACGAAUACAAGAAUUGGAAAAAUUGCUCAAAAACACAGUUUACAUUUGCGAAACUGGACUUAGUCCAAGUAGAGAAAAAGAUAUCAAAAUCACCAAAACCCUAAUAAGUAAUAUCGGUAAAUUUUCAAGUAGGUUUGACGAUAAAACUGAUGAAACAGCGAAUGAUACGUCAAAUUCGUCUUCGGAACUGCCUGGAAUUCAAAAAACCAUAAAUAAACUGAUCAGCGAAACUUCCAUACCUCCUGAUGUGGCGAAAGAAUUUUUUAAUGCAUAUUUAGAUGUGCUUAGACAUGAUAGCAGCAGAAGUGGAACAAACACCAGCACGCAAUCUAGUGACAACGUUGAUGAUACAAAACGGCCUAUUUGUGAGGUUCGAACUGAAACCAUUGUCAAGAAAAUUUCAAAAAGUGUAACAACUCUUAAACCAGCAGAUGUAGAAGAUCCUAAAGUUGAAAAAUCUGUUGAUCCUGGUCAGAUGUAUUUAAAAGAUGUUUUAGAUAAAAUAACGACAAUAUUUUCUAAAGUUAAAAAGAGUGAUGACAAACCUUUGUUUAGUUCGGUAAAAGAGGAACUUAAAAAAGAAAAUAAAAUCGAUGUAAAAGAUGAAUUAGCGAGGUUAAUAAAAGAUAAUGGUAAGGAAAUAAUAUGUGAAAAAGUGGACGAAAAUUCAUUAGUUAUCGAUCUUUCUAAAUACAAUCUAGAAAAUAUCACUAUGGCUGAUGAUCCUGCAACAAAGGGCACUAUGUCUAUUAAUAUAAAGUUAAAAGAGAAAUUCGACAAGCCGAAAGCAAAACGUGCCCAUUUAAGUCUAAAAUUCUCGAACGACUCCAAGCCUCAAAUUAAAACGAACAACUGGUUUCCAUGUAAAACCCCUAGUUAUACAUCUGAUGAUAUUUUCAAUAGAUUUACUGUGGGGAAUACUAAACCAUUCGAUUGCAGUAAAGAGAUUGUUGAUUUGAAACCAUAUAUUAGCACGAGUGACGGAACUUCAAAAGCAUUCAAAUUCAUGAAUGACAGUGAAGAUUCUCUUAACAUAUCCUUUAAUCAUAAUAUCUUCCAAGAUAGAGAAUCUUUUGAAAAUGAUAUGAAGCCUUGCUUUAUAAUGUCUACUAUGAAAAAGAAUAAAGUUACAAAAUUUCAGAGUAAAAAGAAAGUAAGGUUGAAAGAUGGUAUCGCCCUAGAUUCUAAAACAGACAUACCUUUAACCCCAAGCGAACAUAACGAAGAAGUAAAAGUAUUCGAGAAACCCACGCCCAGAAUCAUUGAUGAAAAAUUUAUAUUAUUGUUAUUGGAAAAUUUAACACUUUUGUCUAAAGGUGUGCCUAGUAUACACAAGGAAAUAAGUAAUCUAUUUGCGAAGUUAAAGAAAAAGUGUGAGAAAAUUGUCAAAACCAGUCCAAAUGUACAAGGUUUGAGUCUAUUGGGAAAGAUUUACAAUGAAACAAUAAAAUUAAAUGAUCAUGAGACUCAAUUCGAAGACGAUGGAAAUACAGUGAAUAAAACAAAUUUAAAACAAACACUUAAUAUCGGAGUUAAUACUAAAACGGAUGAUAAAGUCGUCACAAACAAAUCGAUUACUACGUUACACCUAACAAAAGAAGUAGCUAACAAUUACGUUCAAACUGAAGAAGUAAAUAAAACGAACAAAUCAUCCACUAGAAUUGACUACUUAGUUGCAAAUGUAGCUCAAAAUAAGAACAUUACAGAGACAAAAGAGAGUGCAACAUCAAAUCAUAAUUGGAGAGGAACGCACGAGCGAGCAGUCACCACAAUUGUAAAGUCCAUUCCGAAUACUGACAAUGAAACCUACCAUAACACAGCAAGACCUAUAAAUAUUGAUACAGAUAUGCUAAAAAGAAGAAAGUACGUUCCGAAACCACCUGAAGAAAUAAUAAAGGAGAUAUCAAUAUUAUCUCCUUCUCUUAAAGUGUCGAAACAGUCGCAAACAGAGAGAAUGAUGGUGGUUUUGAGAGAUAGAGAUGUCGAUAUGAAGGUUUAUCAGAUGCUACUAUGUCAGAACGGGCCAACUAGACGUAGUUCGUUGACGGACUCCAAUGCAGAAGUCAGCUGGAGUGCCGAGCUUAAGACUCUGUACAGAUGCACCAGUGAUCCUUAUUGUUCCGGGCUGAUAAGCCCCACGUCGCCGCCUAUCCGGGGCCCGCAGUUCGUCUCUGGCACGCCAGGCGGACGACUUGCCAGCUGGAUUAUAGAGUCCGGCGGUCCCCUGGAGAAUGCGUCGCGCGAGCUGGGCCAGGCGCAGCUGUCGAUCCAGCAGUUGCAGCGGUUGCUUGAUGCGCUGGAGUUGCAGCAGCAAGUGCACCAUGACACUGACGUGUCGCUGGAGGGCGCGUCGCCGAACGUGAAGAAGGACCGGCGCAAGUUCGGGCUGCGCAAGAAGAAGUCCAACAGCAAGUGCGCGUCCGUGGAGCUCGCGCCGCCGCACGUCGACCCGUCCAGCUCGCACAUGGCCCUGUCGGCCCUCACAGCGCCGCCGUCGCCGGGCGGAGGCGCGUCCUCCGUGCCCAACUCGGCCGCCUCGCUGCCCAUCGCAUGUGCGGCGGCUCGCCCCCAGUCGUUGCCCGGCGCGGAGGCCCUGGGCCCCACCGCCGGCCCUGCUUCCAUCUCGAGCCUGACCCCCGACCACCAGCUCAGAGAAGACUUCACUGUACUCGCGAAAGAUUUGCUGGCCAGUUUGAAAAGCAUUGUUGCGACUUUGGUGUGCGAGCGAGGCCGACUCCGCGCGGCGAUGGAGGCGGCGGACUCGACCGGCACGCCCGGCGGAUCCGUCAUGGCCGCCCUGAGGACGAACCUCACGUCCGCUUUACAGCAGAAUUCUGAGCUGCGGGCGCGCCUGUCGCGCAUCCACCUCGCCUCCGACCUCGCCGACGUGGCCGCGCUCGCGCUCGCGCCCGGCGCCGACGCGCAGGCGAGGCAGUUCCAACAGUCGCUCAGCUACAGCUCGUCGUGCGUGUCCGCCUCGGAGUUCUUCGACGCGGAGCAGCACGAGGACGACAUUAAGCGAGACGAGGUCAUCGCCGCUGACGAGGCCGGCGUGAUCGAGCUGGACGGCGACUCGUCGUCGGAGGCGGGCUCCCUCAGCAGCGAGGAGGGCUCGGCCAGCUCCGAUAACUCCGACGUGUUAUCGGCAGAACAAGAAACCCUACGUCUCAACGCGAACGGCACGGACUCCCGCGCGGGGGGCGGGUGGUCGCGUCGCACACGCCUGCCCUCCGUCCGGCCCACGCCGGGAGGUCCCAGUCUCUGGAACUUGCUGUACAAGAACAUCGGCAAGGACCUGUCGCAGAUAUCUAUGCCGGUCACCAUCAACGAGCCGUUGAACAUGCUGCAGCGGCUGUGCGAGGAGCUGGAGUACUCGUCGCUGCUGGACGCGGCGGCGGCGUGCGGCGGCGCGGCGGAGCGCAUGGCGCUAGUGGCGGCGUUCGCGGUGAGCGCGUACGCCGCCGCCGCGCACCGCGCCGCCUCCAAGCCCUUCAACCCGCUGCUCGCCGAGACCUACGAGUGCGUGCGCGACGACAGGAACUUCCGCUUCCUCGCCGAGCAGGUAUCUCACCACCCCCCAAUCUCGGCGUGUCACGCUGAGUCUUCGCGCUGGUGCUUCUGGCAGGAGGCGCGCAUCAAGACCAAGUUCUGGGGCAAGUCCAUGGAGUUCCAGCCGACGGGCAGAGUACACGUGCGGCUCACGACCACCGGAGAUCAUUACAGCUGGAAUAAGGUGACGACAUGCGUGCACAACCUGUUCGGAGGUCAGCGCUGGGUGGAUCAGUAUGGGGACAUGCACAUCGUGUGCCACGGCACCGAUAUCACGUGCAAGCUCAACUUUAUCAAGGCAAGCUCAUGGUCGAGCAGCCGGCACGAGGUGCGCGGGUUCGUCACGGAGGGCAGCACCGGGAAUCGACUGCGCAUUACGGGACGCUGGUCCGAGGCGCUGUACGCUGGAGACCCGCCUGCUGCCAGGUGUUUGUGGAGGCCAGGCGCGAUGCCGCCCGAACACGAGUUGUACUACGGGUUCACGCGGUUCGCGAUGGAGCUCAACGAGAUGGAGCCCGGCAUGAGGGAGGUGCUGCCCCACACCGAUACCAGGCUCAGGCCGGACCAGCGCGCCCUGGAGGAGGGCGACGUGGAGGCGGCCGAGCAGCUGAAGCACGAGCUGGAGCAGGCGCAGCGCGAGAGGCGACGCGACUCGCCCGACCACACGCCCGCCUGGUUCCGUAAAUCGAUGGAGGGUGGCGAGGAGACGUGGGUGUUCACGGGCGAGUACUGGCGCGCGCGCGACAGCGGGUUCCCGCACCUCGCCGCGCCGCGCAUCUGGUGACCGCGCCUGCUGCUGCACCGUAUACCGCAGUACGAGGUUCUCUGCUAGUUGGUUGUGUCGCUUACAGCUUAUUAUAUAGCUUUACAAUAAACUAACAGCCGCCGGGCCGUCGCGUCGGACGUUCACAAAUUAUUUAUUAACUCUGGCAAGGAUAUGUAGUGUGGCAACACUGAGAGUAACGGUUCUAUUAAUGCAAUCUUUUUUUGGGUUCUUGUGUUUUUUUUUUUAUUUAUUUAAUGUACUUAAACGGUUCAGGUCUGAAAUUGACCUGAUCGGUUAAAAAAAUAACGAAAAAAACACUUAUUGUUAUCAAAGUAUUUCAAACUAUGUUUUUUUUUAUGAAAACUUUUUUGCGUGGCUGUGAACGUUUUCCAUACUUUUUUGUUUUGUUUUUUUUUUAUAUUUGGUACUUGAUACGUCUUUUUUGUUGAUAUGUGAAAAUUACUUUACGUAAUUUUAUUUUUGGCCGAAAUUUAAAUCCAUAUUUUAACAUAUUUAUUACUUUGAAAGUCGUGUCUUAAAUGAAAUGUAUAAAUAUAUGACAACGCCCUACAUAAUAUAGAUCGAUUACCGAAAGCUGGCUCGUACAACACAUUUACAAGCUGUGCAUGUGUCGAAAUGAACUUAUCGGUUGCCAUGACGACGCAUCACUCACACAUCAACAAAAACAUAUAGCGUGACAUUUUGUUGACAUAUAUCCUUGUCCCUUCAAUUAUAAUGUUUCAAAAUUAUUAAUUUUUUUUUGCCUAUUUAAUCGCGGUUUUUAUAUCAUAAUUUUCUCUCGAAGACUGCAGCCUGCAUGGUAACGAGGUCAUAUAUGUUUUUUUUAAAUGUUAAUUUGUAUCAGUGUGAGUAUUCUGUACGAGCCAGCUUAGAGUUAUCGACCUAUAAUACUAAGUCAUAUAUCGACAAAGUCUUAUUGGGAUUUUUUUAAUGGCAUUUUUUCAUAUUUAAUUCUGGGGUAACCGAGUUUUGAAUAAGCGCUAAGAAAGCGCGGGGAAGUUCUAUUCAAUAUAUUAAAGGAGAUAAAUUCGGCAACUCGUGUACUGCCCAAAGAAUAAUGUCAAAAUUGGAUUCCCAUAUAAUAUUGAAUCGGGGUGAUUUGAGAUAGGCAAAUUGUAGUUUAUAUCUACAAAAUUUUUAUGUGUUCGGUCAGAAUUGUGUAAGCUUUUUGGGCAUAUUAUUUAUUUGUUUUUUUUUUAUUUUUUAAUUUAUUGUGAAGCAAAAUCAUGAAAUCUUUUAUUGUUUUAAAUGGCGAUACUAAUAAAUGUAAUACCGAUACUAACAUAUUGGUCAGUCGUUUCAAUAGACUCGGAUUAAACAGUGCGAUAUUGUGUUCGAUUCCCGUAUUGUAUGUUGUAAUGCGUGUAAUGUCGAAUUUCCAUAAAUCUUGUCAAUUAUCUGUGUGUACGAGUGAAAACUCUUCAAAUUCUCAUACGGGUAUGAUUGUAAAAGACAUUUCUACGUGGUGCCCAACCACUAUUGAUAUGAGUAUCGCAGCCAAAACGAUUUUUAAAUCGAUUAUGUAUAAAUCGAUUGAAAAAAAAAACGGAAUGUUUUAAGCUACGUUUUUAAGAUUUUACCUUGUUUAUAGAGAAAUCGAGGGAAUAUUGUCACAAAUUAGAAUAAUUUAUACCGAUGUUACGAUUCUCAUGUAACUCUCAGAAUGGUUUUUGUUUUACCGGAUUUUAAAUAUCGCUUAAAUUUUUUUAAUAAACAUCGUAAUAGUACUAUUAUUGGACCAGUUUAUUUUUAUUACAACACGCUAUCGACCGAGAUGAAGUCUGUCACGAGUCACAUAACAGCUAUUUUUUUUUCGCUAUUUAGUAGUUACAGAAAACAAAGGCGAUUAAAGUGAAUUAAAAUAAAAUUACAUAAGAGAUUUUUUCGCAAUAAUUUGUUUAAAUUUUCUUCCUACAUUAAUAACAUGCAACCGACAUGGUCACGGGGUAGACUAAAAAUCAGUUAUGUAUUAAUGCCAAACAUUCAAGUAAAUAUAAGAAAUCAUAAAGUAAAUUGACAAUUAGCUGGUUCCAAAAAUUGCAGGCUACAGAUAGCACGUACUGUGAUUGACUUCAGACCGGUCGAGUUAUGGCCGAUAAACAAUCUCGAUCGCUAUCUCCAGAUUAGUCAAAAGAUAACCCAAUCAAAACUAUUAUGGGAAUGUUGCAAUUAACUUUCUGAUUGAUCCAUUUCCACAAUCCGGAAAUAUCGAUCAAGAUUCUUUAUCCGUCGUUUAACUAUCCGUAUUUUACUUCAUAUAUUACAUUAUUUAAGAGCGAGUAUGAAGACGGUUAAUGGGCUGUUAUGAAUUAGUGUUAAGAAUUCAAUUGUUCGCUUUGUAACGCAAAUCUUAUCUCGGAUAUGCUUGGCGUAGGCGUGGCUAGGAAUCGGGCUAAAUCUAGAUUCUAGACUAAAUUCAGUUAAAAAAAUAGAGAAAGAAAGAACUAAAAUACGUUUAUUACGCUCUCACACUAAACAUAAAUCAUACCUGGAGUAAUUUAAAAUAAAAGAAAAAAAACGAUAAGACACUAAAGCCUAUACUAAUUACUGUACUAAAUAUCGAUACGGACUUAGUUCAGUCUCGACUAUAUAGAUGGCUCCUGAGUAAACUAUCGUGUCUGAAAAAAUAUCGAUAUUCACCAUUUUAACGUUUCUCUAUCUAGGUACUACAAAACCCAUUAAAAAAAUUAGUAAAUGAUUUUUAAUGAAGCUUUUUUUCGUUUAUUAACUUUUGAUUUAAAUGGGUUUGGUAAUAAAAAGUACAUAGAUAACGAAACGCUUAAAAGUAAAUAUCGCUACUUUUGCAAAUACGAUAGUUUACUUAGGAGUCAUCGAUAUGGAAACUAACUACGUCAACAACCAGAUUCAGUGGAGCAAUUGAAACCUCUAGGCUUAAUUUAAUUUAUAUUGACCUGGCUUAGUUGUGGAUCCAAAUAGUCUUACUUAUAAACUUGUUUUAGCGUUAAGAGAUGGUUAAGAAUUGCUUAAAUAGCUGUCAAAAACAUCACCGGUUUCCUAGUUUAAACCUUAUUAAGAGGCAAGACAGCGGGUUUUGAUUUACAGCUGAUCGAGUAUAUUUGUGUUUUAACUAAACAUAACUUUGCAUUUUUUUUUUUAAAUAAUACUGUAAAGUUAAUGUUUUAUUAAAUCAAGAAAAGGUUUUUUGAGAAAUUUAAGCUAAAUUUUCGAGGGUAAUUUCUAAAGGCUAAUAAAAUUAUGAUACCUAAGUCUUGGUAUUAAUUCAACUAGAAUCUAGCCUUUCGAAUGUCCUAGCCAAGCCUAUGGUGCUUAACUAUUGUAAAAUACGUUUUCUACAUAAAUAAUAUUAAUCGAUGUUGUUGUUAGUUAACCACGUAGGCGUGUAUGUUUGUAUAUAAUGAUUUUGUAUUUAAUAGUACGCUUUGUGGUAUAUUAUAAUGGUCAAUGGAAAAUGUAUACCGACAAUAUUUCCUGUUACAAUGUGGGUAACCAGAUUUAGCUACCAAGAUGGCGCUAAGAUAUAGUGACUAAAUUCAUGUUUUAAUAAAUUAAUAGUAAUGACACAUGUACGAACGAAAUCACAGAUAAAAUUUCAAACAGGCCGUCACAUUUGUGUCGACUGGCGUCGGGUAAUCAUCCCUCGUCAGUCGACGCUGGACCCCACUCCGCUUACCAUCAGGUGCAGUGGAGUUACUUUACCCAUAUAAAAUAGUGUAAAGUCCACAAUCUUUUCAGGCGACAUCUGAUUAGGUUAAAAUAAUUUGCCUCUAUUCCUAAAGUAAACAAAUUUUAUACCACAAAAGCGUUUUAUUCGUUCACAAUUAAACUGGUGAUUAUUAUUGGCAAAUGUAUACUAAUAUGGACUUUAAUAUUCUUGGACCAAUAGACAAAACUAACUGUCGUCUCCAAUAAAUGAUCCGAUUUUUUUUAUCGAUCGCAAAAAUAGACCAAUCAGAACGAAGGUUUUUUAUAUACUUAGAAAUAAAUAAUUUUGAUUGGCUUAUUCUUGGGAUUGAAUAGAAUACGAUCAGGAUCGUGUAUAGGAAGUCAUAAGCAAUAUGUUUUUAACAUUAACCAUUCCUCCCCCCCAUCUCUCUCCGGCCCCUCCACCUUGGCUGGAGCUGGACAGGCGUUGUUGGUUUAUGAUCAUCAGUUUGGUUGUGAAUGGCUUCCUAUGUAUAUUUUGGUGUAAGGUACGAGUAUUUGGUUGUUUUUUUUUUUGUUCACAACGCACUGUCUCAUCGUAUUGUUGUUCAUUCAAUUGUAAAAAUUAUCGGAUAUCUCGUGUUGUUUGUUGGUAUUUUAAUUUUGAGUUAUUAAUAAAAAAAAGUGUUUGUUUAUGAUAUCGGAAUAGGGGACCGGACAAAUUUUCAGAAGGUGUUUUAAAUUGAUCAUUGUGGAUAUAAAUAGCCAAGAAAAAUAGUAUUUUG